CAUAUAAUGAUGAAAGCCCCGAUUACUGGUUCACUUGCAAAACUGAGCAAGUGUUGGAUAUUUAUCUUCCACUUAUUUGUUUACAAAUAUGGUGAAGGUGCUUAUAAUGUGGCCGUUAGUGUUGGAAAUUAUUUGAAGACUGACAAAAAGAACAAUACCAUACAUUUGCCUCGCUUACUCAAGGAGUAUGAUUUUAAUAACACUAGAAGCCUGUUGGAUCUUUACAAAGAUGAGGAUGAACAUAAUAUUAAUAGGUUUGAAUAUAUCACUACAUACAAAUUUACAGAUCUUGAUAUUGAAUUUAUGAAAGAUAAGAUUUUCCUCAUAGCUGUAUCUUUUGGGCCUCACAAGGCAGUGGAUUUAGAUAUAGUUAAUGAAAUUAAAUUAAGUCACGACUAUGGCGAAUUAUUCAAAGAUCCCGUCGGGUCCGACUUCACGAUCGAAUCUAGUGAUGGUGAGAAAUUUGAAGUGCACAAAAUCAUAUUGUCCGCGCACAGCACAGUGUUCAAAGCUAUGUUUAAAGAAGAAACCGCAGAGAGUCAGAACAGCUAUGUCAAACUAGUUGAUGUGAAGGGAGAAGAUCUCAAAUACAUGUUGGAAUACAUCUAUACGGGGACUAUAAAGGAUUUAGACAAUGUUGAUUUUGCGAAUGUGCUUAUUUUGGCGGACAUGUAUAAUUUAAAAGGUUUAUUCACAUUGUCCCAGAUAGCUCUAGAAAAGCAAUUAACACCAUCAAAUGUGAUGUACACAUUGAUAAUAGCAGAUAUGUAUGAUGCAGAAUAUUUAAAAAAUUCAACAAUGAAAUAUCUCAAGAAGAAUGCUAGUACAUUAGAUAAAAAAUGCUUUUUAGUGAAAUAAAUAAUGUUACUCUGAUGAGAGAACUGUUCAACUAUAUUACCUCGCCUUAAUCGUAUCGCAUCAAAUGUGCCUUCUAUGAGGUUGAAUUUGUGUCAUCCAAAGUAUUAAUUUUGUCUUUAUAGCCAAGUUGUGGCGCAGAUAGUUGUUGUAUGGUAUUAACAGGAAAUGUCCCGACUAUGUUUAUACCAUUGAAGCAGGCAUGCCGCGCAAUCGUGGCGCUCAGGCGGUUGUACCGCCUCUACGAUGCCCCACGCAACCAUACAUUCAAGCUUUAAAAGCAAUUCAAUUUAAAAUUAUGUUGACUUUUAUAAAUAUUUUGUUUCACCUAGUGAAUUAUUUGUAUUUUUUUAAUAUAAUAGGAUAAGUCAUAAAUAAAUAAAAUAUAUUUUUUGUUUAGGAAGGAAUAAUGUUUUAC